AUGGCCUUAGAUGGAGCACGCAAGCGUGAGCUUGAACUCUCCAUCAAGGAGUGCUCUGCGUCGCUGGAGUUGGGGAGUAGUGCAUCUGUGCUGCGGAAGCGAGCAGAGAAGUAUCGAAAGCUAGGACAGUAUGAGAAGGCCAUCCAAGACUUCACUGGCUCGUUGAAGCUGGAGGACAAUGCUCUGGCAUUGGCGGGCCGCGGGGCGGCUUUCCGGAGCUUGGGCCGCUUGCCGGAGGCCAUUGGCGACUUCAAUAUGGCGGCCCACCUGGAGCCCGACAACAUCCAGGUGUACAUGGGCAGAGCUCAGGUCUUGCGCGAACAAGGCCAAGUCAUGCAGGCCUCUGAGCCCCAAGAGACCCUUGCGCACCGCUUUUGCGCAUUUGCCAUGAAGACGCUGAACGAGGAUAUGGAUCCACUCUUCCAAAAGUUCCUCCCGAUCUUCGACCAGGACCACCGAGAACUGCUACAUCAGGGCGAGACCCAUGAGCAGUAUGCUGCGUACCGGGAGUACGUGGGGAAUCUCGAGCAGCAUGUCUCCGACUUUGCGCUGCAGGAAGGUUCAAUCCAGGCGAUGGCAGAGCUCCAGAAUGCCAUCCAGGAGGAUAAGGCCAGAGCAGAGAAGCAAGUGGAGGCCUUCCUGAUGCACAUGGAACAGCAGCGGAAGAUGAAGCUGGGACCGGAGGCUCCUCCAUUAGAAGAAGGUGAGAAAGAACUCAUGAAGGCCCUCUUCAAGCCUCAGACUGUGGAUGACAUGAUGCAGAUGUUGUUGCACAUGACAGAAUAUACAGCAUUCAGCAGCCUGAUGCGAGCAAAGGUGCAGCAGCAGAAGUUCAUGAGGGAGUUGGAGCGGAGGAAGAAGGAGCUCAUGGAGGGAGAGAUGGGCUUGGCGCAUCGCUUCAUCAGCUUUGUCAGAUUCCUUGACACCGACGGGAAGUGGAAGAGUCGGAAGAGCACAACAAAUGAAGCCCAACUUGAGCGCGACGUCCAUCUUCAGGCCAUGAAGCUCCUCAAUGAUGACCUACAUGAGUUUUACACCAAGUGCAUGCCAAUCUUCGACCAGGAGGUACAGGAUCUGCAGAACCAUGGCCAUACACAUGAACAGUAUGCCGCCUUCCAGGAGUACUCUGCCAUCAUCGAGGCCCGUUUGCUGGAAUUCUGUCAGGAGGAAGGCUUCGGGCAAGAUGCCCAGGCGCUUUUCGAUGAGCUGCAGCGACUCAUUCAGAAGGAUCAAGAGCAGGUGGCUGCCCAGCUCAGGAGGGAGCUGGCGGAUGUGGAGCAGAAGAAGGAACAGCUACGAGCACGCGCGUCUGAGGGCGACACGGACAAGCCAUUGGUGCUCAUUUGCAAGCCAGCGGGCCUGGGCGAUUUGAUGAACUCCUUGAUCCAGCAGCUGGAGUACCCGAACUUCAGUGCUUCAAUGCGGUGCCGUGUGGAGCAGGAGCGCAUGAUGAAGACCAUUUUGGCGAGCUUUCAAGAAGCUAAGCCCAAAGAUGCGCUGCCGCCUCCUCCUCCCACCGACCUGGAGGUCGUGGACAUCGAAAUUGAUGAGAGCAGAGUUCCUGCCGGCCCUCCUGAGAUUAGCACCUUGUCUGUCACUGUUCCUGAGGGAUGUGAGGCUGGAUCGCAGAUCAGCAUUACGGUGCCAGAUGGUCAACAAAUCUCUGUGACCGUUCCUGGAGGCCUGACGCCUGGCAUGUCCUUUGAGGUCCCUGGUUUCAUACUUGCCCUGGUGGGACAGGACCACGUGGCAUUGCUUGAACGAUUGCUGUCGUCAGUUGCAGGUCCCAUGUUGCAGACCGGCAGCUGGCUAUGGUGGAGGUUUGCGCUGCACCUGCGCGGGGAGCUGCGACGCAAGCAGGGAGAGCUUGACGCCGCUUUGGGAGACUUCAAUGAAGUCUUGCGCCUCAAUCCACGCCACACAGCGGCGCUGGCCAGCCGUGGAGCCGUGAGGCGAGCUUUGAAACAGUACCAGGAUGCCAUUGCUGACUACAAUCUUGCGCUCGUGGCUUCACGGCCCUCGCUCCGACGCGUCAUGCUUCGCCUGCCUCGCUGCCUUCGUGUCGCGCCACGGGCGCCGCCUGCCCCAUGGGCCCAGAGCCGCCACUUCGCGGUGGUGCGGCACGACUGGAAGCGAGAAGAGAUCGGCGACAUCUACCACCAGCCCUUGCUGGAGUUGGUCUUCCAAGCGGCUUCGGUCCAUCGGCAAUUCUUUGACCCCAAGGAGGUUCAGCAAAGCACCUUGCUGUCCAUCAAGACAGGUGGCUGUGGUGAGAACUGUGGCUACUGUUCCCAAAGCCAAAGCUUCAAGACCUCAGUGAAGCCCACGCAUAUGAUGAAAGUGGAUGAGGUCUUGGAAGCUGCGCGGAAGGCUAAGGAUGCUGGGUCCACACGGUUCUGUAUGGGCACUGCUUGGCGAGGCGUUGGUCAGAAGAACUCCUUUCAGCAUAUCUUGACCAUGGUGAAGGAAGUCUCUGGCAUGGGCAUGGAAACUUGCUGCACCCUUGGCCUCCUAAAUGCCGAGCAAGCCAAGCAGUUGAAGGACGCAGGCCUCACAGCCUAUAACCACAACUUGGACACGAGCCCGGAGCACUACCCAAAUAUCGUGUCGACCCGUACCUAUGCGGAUCGCUUGGAGACCUUGGCCAACGUCCGCGAGGCAGGUAUCAGCGUUUGCUGCGGGGGGAUUUUGGGCAUCGCCGAGACCCAGGAGGACCGAAUUGGCUUGAUUCACACCUUGGCUACGCUCCCAGAGCAUCCAGAGUCAGUGCCCAUCAACGCCUUGGUGCCCAUUGAAGGCACCCCUUUGGGUGAUCGACAGAUCAAGAUGGGCACGGCAGUGACCUGGCGGGACAUGGUGCGCUCGAUUGCCACAGCGCGGAUUGUGAUGCCCCAGUCCAUGGUGCGACUCUCUGCUGGACGCAUGGAGUUCUCACAGGAGGCGCAAGCGAUGAUGUUCAUGGCAGGGGCGAACUCGAUCUUUACGGGGGACAAACUCCUCACCACUGCCAACCCCAAAUUUUCCGAGGACGCCGCCAUGUUUGAAGCCUUGGGUUUGCGGGGCAAGAAGCCCUUCACGGGUCCGACAGCUCACCUCCGCCCCCACUGGGCUGACCGAGCGGUCGGAUCCGAGCUGCCGAUGGGGACGGUACAGGGAACCACGGUGUCGGGCCCGCGGGAGGUGGCCUUCUGA